UGCUUUUCCUUUGAGCAGAGCGAUACCCUGCCUGCCCCGUAUAAAACCAGCCGAGCCUAGGCCACCCUGGGCAGAUACGUAGUAGACACUGAACAACCCGCCAUCUUCGGCUAGCUAGGCAAGGCAUCAUCUCACGACAACCCAUGAGGAAGGGCAGCGAGUGCACGAGAAUCAGCCCGGAGAUCACCACCAGCGGCGGCAACCCCAUGUUCUCCCGCCAAGCGAGCAGGUCCGACCACCACGGCCGGACGGCGCAGUCGUCCGGCCGGGACACGCCGAGGCAAGCGCGCGGCGGCUGCCGCCUCCUGAGGAGCGCGCGGUGGACUGCCGCGAGGCUCUGCCGGCGCGCGAAGGUGAGCGUCGUCACGGCGUUCCGGUCGGCGCCGAGCAGAAAAGCAGGUUCUCCCGGUUCCAGUGCCGCUUCGCGCUCGCCGGAAUGCACGCCGGCAAGGAACAGCAGCAGGCGGCAGUCCGGUCCGGUGGUCGUCGUCGACGACUCCCACAAGAGCGAGGCGGUGGAGGAAUGCAUCAGGUUCAUGAACUCCUCGUCCAGGAAGUACCGGUAGUACUGUUUUGUGGUUCGAUCUACACCCUGUGUGCGCGGAUGCUAGCGUCCUCCCUUGUAAUUUCUCCCCAUUUUGGCCUUUCAUCUAUGUGCGCAUCUGAUCUCAUGUGCUUGUGGAAAAUCAUACGUACGGCAGCCUGCUUCUUUGCUCUU